UUCCAUCGAACUGUAAAUUAUAUUGGCAAACAUUGAUACAGAGCAGAACACUCGAUUUAAAACACAUAAAAACAUCUCAAAACUUACACACUAUACUUCGCUAAAGAGCCGUAUAUUGUUUCAGUCAACGCGAUUACUUCGAAUCAGUAUCAACUAGUGAAUUCUUCUCAAGUUAGUGUUAGCAAAAGUGUAAUGUGUGUUAGGAUGCUAGGUUUAAUUGAUAUUGCACGUGAAUCACGUCGCCUGCUGGUCGUGACUAAUGCUGUCACCCAUAGCAUUAGAUGCAUAAGUAAUCUUAAGAAUAAAGUAAUAGCUAUAAGACGGGAAGACCAGUCAGUAUGGGAAAGAAGAGCGCCAUUGGCUCCGGCGAACGUUCGCCGUCUCGUCAGGUUAGGAGUGAAGGUGAUUGUUCAGCCUAGCAAUCGAAGAGCAUAUCCCGCUCAAGCGUAUCAAGCCGCGGGUGCCCUGUUGCAAGAAGAUAUCAGUUCGGCUUCCGUUAUCUUUGGAGUAAAACAAGUACCUGUGGAUCAAUUAAUACCAAACAAAACAUAUUGUUUUUUUUCACACACUAUCAAAGCGCAGGAAAGCAAUAUGGCUCUGCUGGAUGCAAUACUGGAGAAAAAUAUACGUCUUCUAGAUUACGAGAAACUUACGGAUACCGAUGGUCAAAGGGUAGUCGCUUUCGGCAAAUACGCCGGUGUUGCUGGUAUGGUGAAUAUACUACAUGGCUUGGGUUUAAGACUGCUAGCUUUGGGUCAUCAUACUCCAUUUAUGGUUCCGCUCUCGCAAGGCCCGUGCAACAAUAAUAAAAGAUAGUUAUACAUUACAACCAUACAGUUGUCGUGAUAGUUAAGAGUCCUGGAAGAGCACACACAAUUGAGAGAGAGAAAAAGCGCAAACAACGUAAAUCGUUAGAAAACACUCAUAUGACACAAUGUAUUGUUGUUAUGAGUCGACUAAUGCGUGAAGACCAGAGGCAGGCAUUUAUAUGUUUAUCUCUACCAAAGAUGAUUCGGUAGAGAUGGAUAAAUCGAUUGUCAAUUUAAAGCUGUAGUUUGUUUAAUAAUUCGAAAUACGAACUAUCAAGCAUCUCUAAAUCAUUAAUCAAGUUUAGAUCGUGAGUUUGUUCAUUGAUGUAAAUCAUCUCAGAUGUUAGUUGUCUAAAAUAAUUCGGUUUACGGUCUAAAAUCGAGACGUUAUUCCAAUUAAAAUUGUGAUUGUUAUCUAAAAUGUGUUUAGAGACCAUCGACAAUUGUGCAGAACGGAUAUUAUUUCUAUGUUCGUUAAUUCUAGUGCGUAACUGUCUACCGGGCGUAACUGUCCCACAUAUGAUGCUCCGCAAUCGUUACAAUUUAGCUUAUAGACUACAUUCGUAUUGAAUUCUCGUGGGAUGUUGUCCUUGUGAACUCCAAUUAAACUACUGAGUCUGUUCAAACAUUUGUAACCGAUUAAGUAGUCAACAUUUUUAAACGAGCGCCUGAUAGCCUCCAAUAUGUCUUUGAUAUACGGGAAAACCACAAGGUUUCUCUCGUCAGGGCAUUCAGACUUAUUUAUCAAAAUUAACUCCAGUGAAAAGCAGCCUCUUAAUUCUAGUUCUAAUACUCUCAAAAAUCAGAUUCAAAGGAUAACCAUUGUCUAAUAAAGUAUUAAUGCAAAAGAUGAUGUUUUUUUUAAUGAAAAUCCGGAUGUGAAAGGAGCAAGGCUCUGCCAACAAGACCAUAUUUGGUACCCUUUUUAUGGCAAAUAGGGUGAUGUGAAAAGAAUGAAAGGUAUCUCCUCGAGUACGUUUUUUUUGGAACCAAUCUAUCUUAAUGUAGUUAUUACAUUCUUUUUAUUAUUGUAAUCUUUUACGACUGAAGAGGUCUCAAGUAAGAGACGAAACGUUUCAUUUGUAAUAUGUAAUUUUGAAAUAUUUAUAAAUAUAUUUUCCAACCACA